UUUGUCCCAGAGCCCAACUUCCCCCCACUGCCGGGAUUCAUUCCACUGAAGCCAUGCUUCUACCAGGACUUUGAGGAGAUCCCUGAACAACACCGCAGCAUGUGCAAGAAAAUGUACUACCUGUGGAUAUUGAAUAGUGCUACUCUCGCUGUGAAUCUUAUUGGCUGCUUUGCUUGGAUGUUUGGGGGAGGUGGAGUGACCAACUUUGGACUGGCUAUCAUCUGGCUAAUCAUGUUCACUCCCUGCUCCUAUGUCUGCUGGUUCAGGCCCUUGUACAAGGCCUUCAAGAGUGACAGCUCCUUCAACUUCAUGCAGUUCUUUUUUGUGUUCAUGGCCCAAGUCGCCAUCAGCAUCAUCCAAAGCAUUGGCAUCCCUGGAUGGGGAGUAUGCGGUUGGUUGGCUACCUUGUCCUUCUUUAGCUAUAAUAUUUUGAUUGCCCUCAUCAUGUUGGUCCCUACCAUCAUGUUCACUGCAGUGGCCUCACUGUCCUUCAUUGCCCUCACCAGGAUCCAUAACUACUACCGUGGCAGUGGGGCCAGCAUGUCCAAAGCUCAGGAGGAAUGGACCACGGGAGCCUGGAAAAACCCUGAAGUCCAGGCAGCGGCCCAGCAGGCGGCCAUGGGGGCAGCUGCUGGAGCCAUGCAGGACCAGCACACCAGCCCACAAUAUAACGACAACCAGAUGUAG